GAUAAAGAAGAUUUUCUUCAUUGAAUUUGUCUUUUGUUUCAAAAUUAAUAAGGCUAUUGUGAUUUGGAACGGGCAUUUAUCCAGUUCUCUGAGCGAACCAGCCAGACUGAUUAUUAAAAGGUACUAUUGUAGCGCACCUAUAAUAACUCUAACUGUAGGCUGAUGGCGAAUAAUAAUAUUUAUUAUUGUAUACCACCAAAGCACAAUUUAAGUCAAAUUAACUUAGCUAAGUUAUCUAGCGCAAUCCCAUUAUAUUACAUCACAGAUUACUAACGAAUCUUGUUAAUUAGAUAAUUUUGCAGUGGUUUGGGUAACAACAGUUGAAGAGUAUUACAUUCCUUAGAUAUUCUUCAUUAACUGAAUGAUUUCUACAAAACAAACUAUGUGAUGUUAAGAUUCUGUCGUAAUUUUACGUAGUAAGUGUAUUGAGUUUUAUGUGGUUUAGAAAAAGUGAGGAAAUAUAAACAGUUAUUUUUUUUCUUGUAUUUCGAUUUAUCUUAAUUACUUAUACAGUUGAAAUCGGUUACUGUUAGUUCAUAACACUAUGCAUAGUUAAGCUUUGCUGUCCAGUUUUGCUGCUGAAUAGGUUAAAUCUGUCAUUAUAAAAAAUAUAUAUUUUUUAAGCAUAACUUAUCUGGCUUUCUCUGCUCUCAGUCAGUCGUCGCAAUAAUCGCAAAAACGUUUUUACUUACACAUGGUACAUAUAAGCUAAUGGGCAUAAAUUAAUAAUCGAUCGAUAGAUAUACUCAAAUACAUACACAUAUCUACACAAACAGCAUACUACAAGUGAUUAGACAUAUUAUCGACUAAAAUUUGAAUAUUUCUUUUUUAUUGCCUAGACCUCUCCUCCAUUCCUUUAUACUCAUCUUAUUUUCUACAUUAUAAGGCGUUUUUAACAGAAGGUGAACUAAUUUGAAUUAAUUGAGUCGUCAGUUAUUUAUCGAGUAACUCAAAUGAGGCAUAGUAUAAUCGAAAAUGAAAACUAUGACAUAUUUGGUGUAACGUGUAAAUGUGACACAUCAUAUAAAGCAUUUAGAAAUUUACCAUUAUCAGAGAAGCUAAUACGCAGUUUUCAAGCAGUAUUUGCAAUAUUAUAUCAUGAUAUAUCUGGUAUUAGAGAAUAUUAUGAACACUUUAUAUUAAAUCAUACAGUAAGAAGACUACGUUAUGUUAUACAUAUGACAUUUUUCUAUGUCACAUUAAAUUUUAUGAAAAAACCAUGUGCAACACUAGAAUUUUUUGAAACACGUAUUAUAAGAUUUUGUUUUUCUGUUUCACUUUGUGUCUUAUACUUUUUGGCUACAUUACGUGUUUCAAAUAUAUCUCAUUGUAAUGUAAUAAGUAUGAUAUUAAUGUUAUCAAUGUUUUUUCAUGAUUUAUACAUUAUAGAUGAUGAAAAUUAUUUAUUAAAUAUUACCUAUAUGUCAACAAUCUAUAUUACAGUGCCGUAUUUUCUCUUUUUAUCAGUUAAUCUUGAUGUCUUGUUAACUGUAUUAAUAUUAUAUGUUACAGGACAUCAUUUAUUACAUGAUACAUUUUAUUCUUUAUUAAAACCAAAUAAUCCAUAUCAUAAAAGAGAUAUACCUACAUUAAAUACUUUAAUAAGUGAUUCAUAUCAUUUAUUAAUUAUAAUAAAUUUAUGGAUAUUAAUAUUAAUUCCUUGUAUACAUGUACAUAUAUGGGGUCAUUUACGUGGACAUUUAACCUUUUUAUAUUUAACUCAACAAAUGCAUAAUUUUAAUCAAAUCAAUCGACAAUUAGGUCGACAAAAAUUUAUUCAAAACAAUGUUAUACCAAGUGAAUUUAUACAACAUACUAGUCAAAAUAAUAAUUACAAUCAAAAUAUGAAUUAUAGAGAGAAUAUCGACGACAAUGAGGAUGACAAUAAUGAUGACGAUCAAUAUGACAAUGGCAUACUAGGAGAGGAUAAUGCUGAAAUUGAUUUGGAAAAGUACAGCUACAAACACCUGAAUAUUAAUGACAACAUAUAUGAUGAUAUUUAUGAUACUAAUCUAAAUAAUAUCACCUAUAACUUACCACAUAUAUCUUCCUCUUGCAUAUUGAAUUAUCAUGAAAAUGUCAGUAUAGUAUGUGUAAAUUUCUAUGAAUUAAAAGAAUUAUUUCAAGGUCGAAGUACAGUAGAACAAAUAAAAAUAAUUACACAAAUUUAUUCAUCAAUUGAUGAUCUGUGUGAACAAAUGAAGUGUACAAAACUGAAUAGUAUUGAAAAUCAUUAUCUAGCUAUAUCAGACUAUAGACAACCAAUCAAUGAAAGUGUUAUUAAUUGUAUUAAUUUUGCUUUAUCAUUAUGUCGUAUAAUGAAAAGAAUUGGAUAUGAAUUAAAAUAUCGAUUAAAUUUACGUGUUGGUAUACAUACAGGAGAUAUUGUUACCUGUUUAAUGGAUAAAGAACAGUUUAAAUUUGAUAUUUUCUCAACUAAUUUAUUGAUAGCACAAAAAUUAGAAAUGACAAGUUUAAUUAAUCGUAUACAUAUAUCAGAUGUGACUUAUGAACAUUGUAAGUCAAUAUUUCAAGUAGCUAAAGGUGAAACUAUCAAAUUAGAAUAUACCACAUCUGGUUUUAUAUAUAAAACAAUUGAUACGUAUUAUGUUGAUCCAAAAGCUUUACCAUAUAAAUAUAAAGAGAAAAUUAUUCAUCAGAAUCCAAGAGAAAUUAGUCAUAGAGCACUGAAUUUACUCAAUGAAUUAAUCUGUUGUUUAAGAGAUGAAUAUGAUGACUUUUUAACAUUUAGUCAAGAAAAUCUGUUAGAGAUACCACAGAGUUAUUAUGAAAGUAGACCCACACAACUGGGUAAAAUAAAUAAGCCCAGCAUAAAAUAUGAUCGUAAACACUUUUUGAGUAGACUACGUAGACAUAUCUAUCAAGAAGAAUUAGUGACUAUUAUUAGACAACUAGAUGUUGACAAGAAAAAGAAAAAUAGUAAAUGGAAAAAAUCUUAUCAGUAUGCAUCAAUUAUGUCAUUUUCAACUGUUUAUAAUGAUCCAGAAAUUGAAUGGCAUUAUGCACAUCGUUAUCAAUUUUCAGCUCCUAUGGGACAAUGUGUACUAGAUUCAGAGAAAUGUGCUUUUAUGAUUGAUUUAACUGUUAUCAAUGUGUACAAUUGUUUUCUAAUUAGCUUUUGUAAUUUAUUAUUAAGCUAUUGGAAAUUGAAUGGUGAUAUCAAUAUGAUGAUAAGUUUAAUAGAGGGGAUUUCAAUACUUUUGUUUACUAUAAUCGUAUGUUUUUUAUUUGUUAAAUCAAAAAACAGUUGGCAAGUAAAGAGUAUAAUUGACAAACUAUUUUCUUCAGUAGCAAUAUGUGAUACACUGUUAUUAUGCUUAUCAUUAUUUCCUAUGGUAUAUGUGUUUUUGCAUGUUUUACUUCCAUGGAUGUUAGGGAAACACGACUUUGAAACUUUUGAUAAUCCCGUGCAUAUUAUGAAUAAUGCUAAUAUUACUACUACUACUACUGAUAAUAAUAAUAAUAAUAUUAGUAUGAGUUGUAAAAGUGGAAGUAUGAAAAUUCCAUCAAAUCACACUGAACUAAAGGAUAUAUAUCGUCACUUAGUAGUAUCAUUAGAACCAUUAGUGUGUAUUGCACACUUUUUACCGACUGCAAUCAAUUUUCGAUUUACAUUAAUUGGACUUGUAUUAAAUUUAAUAUAUAUUCUUUUUUUUAAUGCUUUAUUAUUUCCACCUAGUUUAGUUACAUGUAUACCUACUUGUAUGAAUGAUUCAAUGAGUAAUAGUUCAUAUUUCUAUUUGCAUACUAUUGAAAUCUUGUUUUUUAUAGUAACUACAACAAGAUUAUGUAGAGAGUCUGCACAGAUUCAUCGUCUGUUAUUUUAUCAUAAACGUGAAGCUGAUAUACAAGUAGAGUCAAUUGCUAUGUCUGUUGAACGUACAAGAAGUUUAUUAAUGGAUGUAAUACCAAGGGAAAUUAUUUAUCAAAUAAGAAAUACUUCAGUAACUAAAUCAAUUUAUUUAAUAAAACCUGAAAAUUAUAAUAAUAAUAAUAAUAGUAAAAUAGAAGAUUAUUGGAUAACACCAGAAAAUGCUGGUGUUGUUUCAAUAUGUGUAACAAAUUUUUAUUCAGAGCAUAUUUUUACUGUUCAAAAAUCUGAAAGUCAAAAAUUUAGUAUUUAUGAAGAACAAUACUUCCAGUCGAUUGAUACAUUAAAUAAACUGAUGAAAAUGUUUGAUCAAUUAUUAGAUAAUCCAUUAUUUUAUGAUAUACAAAAAAUUAAAUCUUAUCAUCAUUGCUAUAUGUUAAUGAGUGGUUCUAAACAAACCGAUGAGUCUGUUACCCAUUUGUUAGCUUUACUAGAAUAUUGUUUACUAGUGAAAGACAGUUUAAACCAAUUUAACACUGAAAAUUUUUUAAAUCGUAAAGGUUUCACCCUGUCGAUUGGUUAUCAUUGUGGUGAAGUUAGAGCCGGUAUGAUUGGUUUAGUAAGACCAAUAUUUGAUAUAUUCGGUGAACCAGUGGAUAUAGCUAGAAAAAUUAUGCUUCAGGACAUAGUGAAUGAAGUUGAAGUUACCCAUAAAGUGAUGGAGCUAUUUAAACUGAAAUAUAACUUUACUAAGAAUGGGAGAAUCAUAUCUACCAUAGAUGAUGAAAUACCUAUUUAUUCAUGUAAACCUAAGUUAUAAGCUUAAAUAUUGAUCAUUUAGAAUACAGCACAACUGUUUAAUUGUUGUUGAUGUUUUGUUAACAUAUUUCACUUGUUAAUUAUUUUAUUGGAUUAAAUAAUAAUAAUUUAUAUAGUUUAAAUACUA